AUGAAAGGCAAGGAGUGUAAACCACGUACGAGCGAGCGCAGAAAGCGAAAUGUUUUGCAGCGAGUCAAGCGUAAUACGAUCAAAAGGAAAUGGGGAAGGACCAAGGACGGUGCACACUCUUCACCGAUAGCCGCCAAAGUGCCCUAUGUCUCGCGAAGAACCCGGGUGGAAGUGAAUUCUUCAGCUGAGUUGAGUGCCGCAUGCUUUCAGGUAAGCAGUCAAGCUCAAAACCAUCCGGACGAUUCUCGGUAUAGUAGCGGCCGAGGACUUGCAUCUAUUUCAACUAGACGUGAAUACGGUCUUUCUCCACGGCAACAACGAGGAGGAGGAGAUCUACAUGGUGCAACCCGAGGGGUUCGAAACUCGGGGAAAAGAAGGUCACAUAUGGUUGUUGAAGAAGAGCUUGUAUGGGCUCCGAGGCAGUGGUCAAAGAAAUUCGACAAGUUCAUGGUCGAUCGAUACCUUUCCAUCCCUGUUGUGGGGGCAGAUGAGCCUCCCUCUGUUCUUGCAGCUGCCUUAGGAGGUCUUUAG